AUGUCUGCAUACUACCCUCUUCCUGCCCACGAAUCCCAGCUGCCUCUGGUCUCGCCCUCAUCAACUCAGCACCAGCAUCCCGCCAAGUUUGAUUCCCAUCCGUCCCGUUCUCGCCUCAAGUUCUUCCUCCUACGCGUCGUCCUCCCUCUCCUCUCACUCGUCCUCCUCCUCACCCUCGUCAUUAUCCCCGCCACCCUGUCAAACCAGUUCUCACUCAGACAGUGUCGGGAUGGCAGCUGUCUCAAAUGGGACAAAGUUCAUGAUCUUGCCCAGAACUGGGGUCUCGCCUUUAAACUUUCACCUGCCGCGGGCUCAUCUCGCUCGAAAUUGAAGAUCUUGCACCUUGUCGACAAAGACACUGCCGAAGUCCUGAUGGACCGCUGGCUACUUCAUUCUCAUGAUGCAUUCGUCGCUCGUCCUGAUCUCAUAUCUUCUGCUAUCCUAUGGGGACCAGACUUCGAAGGCUGGCGGAAAUCCCUCAGCCUGACUCAGAACAUUGCCCAGAAAUUUGGCUCGGCCGAUUAUUUCGAUGCCGCCCUGGUCUAUUUCAACAACGAUCAAGUCAAGUUUUUGCACAUCGACUCUAAACCCUGGUUCGCCCAGGUGAAAGAACUGUCCCAGCAGGGCAAAGGUGUCGUCAUCAUCGACCGCCCUCAUGAGAUGCGUGACCAGCGAAAGGCAGAAUUCUAUAACUUGGCGAACGUCACUUUGGUCUUGGCGCCCUACGCUUACGAAUUAUUUGAAUACCGGGCACAAUUCGCCACUCAAGCGCUCUUGGUUCACCAACCUCAUUUUAUCGACAAGAAGAUCUUUUAUCAUCCAGUCGGCAACACUCGCCCAGAAGAGAUCAUCAUCGCCGGCGACCUGGGUGCAUUCUACCCCUUCAGAGCCAGGCUAGCCGACAUGAUCCGGAAGAAGACCUUGCCGGGUUGGAUACGAGGUCAUCCAGGAUACGAAGAUAUCAAAUCGGCCGACCAACGGAAUAAGAAACUCACUGCCGUGAUCCAAGAACAACAGCUGGUCGAUUUCGGGAACGAUUUCGGUCAAGCCAAGAUCUGUUUGGUAACCGAUUCACGCUGGGCUUAUUCGGUUCAAAAAUACGUCGAAGCUGCUGCAGCCGGCUGCUUGAUCGCUGGAAACAUCCCGUCAGAUCGGCAAAGCAUGUUCGAGAAGGUUAUCGUUCCACUCUCAAAUAAAGACUCGGAUGACAAGAUUGUCAAAACCUUGAACUGGUGGCUGAAGCAUGAUCAGGAGCGAAUCAGUAAAGCACAAGCUGCUCAGGAUUGGAUUUUGAACUCUUUUAGUAUGGACAAAUAUGCUCAAGACGUUUGGAAGAUGAUUUGGCUGGUUAAAGAAGGUCAAAGGGGAUUCAUCUUGCCAUACGAAUUCGACUUCUUACCCAAGGACCUGCCCGAGGAUGGCUAG